GUUGUAUUUUUCCUCGUUAGUAGACUGGUCACAUCGUUCAACCCAAACUGACUCGGGAAUUUUAGUGAUAUCAUAUGUUGAAAAGUAUGAUAUUCACGACCAACCAAUGUGAGCUGUAAACUUAAAGGAAUCCAAACCGUUCAGUUGAUUUGUAAGGAGGCGUAUGCAAUAAUUAAUAGUAAAAGAAGUCCGCACAUUUCUAACGAUGCGAAAGAAUACUAUUUGGAACUACUCUUUCAUAUUCAUAUGCUGCGUGUUGAAGAGCAUAAAUUCGCUAGAUCAUGGCACACACACAGUAUCUGUCGUUUCGAAUCGAUACAACACGCAACAUCAGUUUAAGCAAAAUCCCAAUGUAGCCUCACGUCACUCAUCCCAUGAGGCAGGUCAGAGUUUACACAAUUCCCAGUCGGAACCUUCGGCAGCGGCAUCCCCGUCAAUGUCACAUGUGACCCAUAUCGCAGCAUCGCACGCUGGAAGCGGUGGAGAGCACUCCACUCAUCUUGAACAUAAUCUGCAUAGAAGCUCAUACAAUCUUCUAAGCGAGGCAAUGUCCCAGGCUGUCAGUAAUGAGUUUAGUUCUAUGGGAAGCGGUUCAGCAGAUGGUGCGUGUGCUGCAGAUGAUUUUGACUGCUAUAGUGGAAGUGUUCAGGAUCGCUUUGGAAUGGAGGCUAUUGCAAGCUUGCAUCGUCAGCUUGAUGAUGAUGAUAAUGGCAACAUCGAUUUAAGCGAAUCUGAUGACUUUUUACGGGAGGAAUUGAAGUACGACUCAGGUUAUGAAAAGCGGCAGAAAGCAUUUCACUUUAAUGACGAUAUGCAUAUAUCGGUCAAAGAACUGUGGGAGGCUUGGCUGAGAUCAGAGGUGCAUAAUUGGACCAUCGAACAGACCACAGAUUGGUUGGCGCAAUCUGUUCAGUUGCCCCAAUAUGUUGAUCUGUUCAAAUUACAUAAGGUCACUGGAGCUGCUCUGCCGAGGUUGGCUGUGAAUAAUCUCCAGUAUGUGGGCAAUGUCCUUGGAAUAAAAGAUCCUAUACAUAAACAAAAAAUCUCAUUAAAGGCUAUGGACGUUGUUCUUUUUGGGCCACCGCGAGAAACUGGUACCCGUUGGAAGGAUUACAUUUUGGUUACUUUGUUGCUUAGUGCUAUUAUUGGAUGUUGGUAUGCUUACCAGCAAAACAAGAAUGCGAAACGUCACCUUCGCCGAAUGGCCCAAGAUAUGGAGGGAUUGCAGAGAGCGGAACAAAGUCUUCAGGAGAUGCAGAAGGAACUAGAACGAGCUAGAAUGGAACAGGAAAAUGUAGCAACAGAAAAACUAGAUUUGGAGAGGCGUCUAAAAGAAGCUCCCACACUUAGUUCAUCGAACUCGGAUUUGGAAGUGCAGCAGCUUAAAAAAGAAAUCGAAAUGUUGCGAAAUGAAUUGUCUCGUGCUGAAUUCGAGUUAGUUGACAACUGUUGGGCACCGCCACCUCAGCUUCAAUCGUGGCUCCAAUACACAUAUGAACUAGAAAGUAAGAAUCAUCAGAAGAAACGCACAUCGGCUGAGAAACAGCUUCAGUCGGCUAGAGAGGCUUGUGAGAAAUUGCGUAAGAAACGAUCAAGUUUGGUGGGAGCAUUCGUUUCCACGCACGGAAAGAGUAUUGAUGAUGUUGAUCGAUCCAUUGUUGAGGCACGAAAUGCCCUUGGUGAUGUAACAAACGAGUUGCAAGAACGACUUCAUCGCUGGAAACAAAUUGAGACGUGCCUUGGCUUAAACAUUGUUAAUAACAAUGGACUGCCCUACUUGGAGAAUGUACUGUAUGGCCGAAAUGGGGGCUUACAAAGUUCCAUGGGCGUGAGUUCAACAAAGGGGUCUAGAACACGUAUUACCAACAGCACCGAAGACCUGGACGAUGAGUCUAUUCAAGGUAAGCUGAAUUUUGAGAACUUUUCGCUGCUUGCCACGGAAUAAGGCUUGUACGUUCGGUCUGUGAGGACAAUAAAACCCAGCUCUUCAGUAAAAGCAUACUACUUGACGAACUAAAUAAAAUAUAAAACCGCUUAUUGAACCCUGAAUGAAAUCUGUUUUACAUUAAGAUACUGUAUUAAUGAAGGUCAUAUAUAACAUUAUGUUUGUAUGAUAUUUAAUCUUUAUAUUUGUAAUAUAUCCAUUUUAUUUUUGAUGUAUACAAAAUGUCAUCUACUUAAAUAUUUGUCAAAAACAACGAAUACUAUAAAACCAAACUGAGUUUUGUACGUAACUAUGAACCUUUUAAUGGUGGUCCACCUAGUGGCAAAAUAUUUAAAUAAACAAAUAAAGUAUUGAUGGGGACAAUA